AUGUUAAGCCUAAUAUCUGAAGAAAACUGUUUAUAUGCAGCUGAAAAAUUAGAACAAUUUCGUUUGAAACCAGUCGAAACGAUAAAACAAAUGACAAAAUGUUUCAACAAAUUGACGCGAUGGUCUCGUAUAAAAAUACCUUUAGCAGAUGAUUAUUCAAAAAUCAAAGUUUAUACAUGGUAUCUCAGAUCAUUACUAUAUUUGGCAUUAAAAACUCCUGAUCGUCUUCAGUUACAACGUUUGGAACAUAUUGUACAAUUAUCAAAUACAUAUUUUCCAUCAUCAUUACCGAAUGAUAACAUAUCUAAUGCUGAAGAAUUAUUGUUUACAUGGUUAAAUAUAAUGAUAACACCAUCAUUACGAAAAAAAUUACCAGAAUGUUUUGACCAACAACAGCAACAAGAACUGCAAAAAUACGAUAAUAAAAAACCAAUUUAG